AUGAAUCCCGAGUGCAGACCCGGACUUCUUCGCGCGGUUGAUGGUAAACUGACAGAUGCUUCAAGAUACGACUAUCUCUUCAAGCUCCUCCUCAUCGGUGACUCCGGUGUUGGAAAGUCUUGCCUGCUGUUGCGGUUCGCCGACGAUACCUACACCGAGUCCUACAUCUCGACUAUCGGCGUCGACUUCAAAAUCCGGACUAUUGAGCUGGAUGGAAAGACGGUGAAGCUGCAGAUCUGGGACACUGCUGGCCAGGAGCGUUUCCGAACUAUCACCUCGUCAUACUACCGUGGUGCUCACGGUAUCUGUGUCGUUUACGAUGUCACCGACAUGGACUCAUUCAACAACGUGAAGCAGUGGCUUCAGGAGAUUGACCGGUACGCCACCGAGGGUGUCAACAAGCUGCUCGUCGGAAACAAGAGCGAUAUGGCCGACAAGAAGGUUGUUGAGUACACUGUUGCCAAGGAAUUCGCCGACAGCCUUGGUAUCCCCUUCCUUGAGACCUCCGCCAAGAACGCCAGCAACGUCGAGCAGGCCUUCCUGACAAUGGCCCGCCAGAUCAAGGAGCGCAUGGGCACCGCGGCAACACAGAACAGCAAGCCUAGUGUGCAGGUCGGCCCGGGCCACGGUGUCACCAACAACUCGAGUGGCGGCUGCUGCUAA